AUGGCAGCCCUCCAGCACCAACAAGCCGAGCUACAGGCAAAGCUCAUCCGUGACCGCGUUAAGUCUAUUGCAGUUGACCAACGUGGAAUCACACAAUGGAUGAAUGUCAAACCAGAAACAUUGCCGUCCUCGAGAGAUCUGUCGUCCGGUACUUGCGACUCUCAAACAAUUUUCCCAAACGCUCUUACAGCACAGAAGUACCACGAUGUGAUACUCACCAACCGUCCCCAUCCUGAUCCCACCAUCCCAGCCACCAAUGAUUCCAGAAAGGCGCAUGUCAGAGUUCUGUUCAAGGCGUUCAAGAUUGUCCCACGGGACGAGGAUGAACAGGAUCAAGGACAAGACGUGGAUGAGCAGAGAAAGAAACGCGAUGUUAAAGAAGCGUUCAAGAAUCAAAUUCACGACAACCACAUGGUCGAAUCUCUUUGCUGGAGAGUCCUCGACGCGUGUGUCUAUCGCUCCGGCAAGGAACAGAACUUGAUCGAAGCCUACAUUGGUGAGACCGGCAAGAGUCACGGCAAGAGACAGAAUUGGUCUUUCGAGGAGCGAUUUGACAAGAUUGUGCAGACCAUGGCCAACUCCAAGUCUGUCUGUAAACACCUUCUUGAUACAGCAUACCUCCACCGAAUUGUUGAUGAUCCGGUAACUGGCUACAAGAGAGUCGUCUCCAAUAAGAGACUCAAUGGGAGAAAGGGGGAGCUCAUGAAGCGAGGCAAGGAGGUCCUCGAAGAAGAGAAGAAGUCGCGAAAGCGACAGAAACUCGAACACGGUUCGGAAGAACUUGAUGAAGACAUCAGCCAAGUCAGCACUCCUGCUUCCUCUACCCAGACAACUCGGCGCAUAGUCCCUGCAAUUGCUCCGAGCACCACCAGAGCGACGCGAUCUGGUCAGCAUCAAGUCCUGCACGCCAACUCUCAGCCUUUGGCAGCUCCCGCAGCAACCGUGCAGUCACCUGCGCCCACUAACUUCGCACACCUUGCACACCCUGCACAUCACAAUCCUGCAAAAUUGUUCAGUCACGCCGCAUCGAACAUGAUGAGAACCAACUACAGCAGCCAGAUGGGUGCGCCUGGCAUGUUGCCACCUUACCAGCCGCCACAUACCACACAACAACAACAUGGUCUGGGCAUGUACGACCACAUGACUUACGCACCUACUUCCUAUCUUCGAGGCUACGGAUCUGGGUCUGAAAUCAACGUGGCACCCCAAUUCCCACAAACCUACCCGAGAUCCACUUUCGCCUCCGGAGACACUAGGAGCAUGGCAUCCUCUGAACACACUCCCGACGAGCAAUGGCGCAUGCACAUGGAGGCAGAGAACUAUGCGUCACAGUCUUACCAAGGCCAUGCUACGGGUGGGCCGCAUGUUGGAACAUCAAUGGGAUACCAGAGCGCGGGCAUCGAUGAUCAAGAAGAGUGGGACACGACACGCAGUGCUGGUCAUGGCGCUAUCGACCCGUCGAUGAAUCAAUACUCUCAUCUUCAGACGAUGUUUCCUCCGCAUGACGACAGCCACAACCCCUCCUCGGACUUCUUUGCUGGACCAGACACGAAAACUGGACCUGAGCCGACAGAGAGCGUGGAAGAUGGAGACGAAGAGGAAGAGGAUUACUCUAGCCACUAG